GCGUUUUUCUUUCUUUUCUUGAAAUUGGCCUAUAAAAGUAUCAGUCUCAGGUUGAUGAGCAUACCAUUCAAAGAAACAAAUCUAGGCGCCUGCCAACAAGAUACCCAAGAUAUGAAAUCAGUCUUUGCUUUCUGCAUUCUCCUUCAUCUUUUCUUGUUUGUGGACCUCAACGAUGCCAGAAAAGACACAGGAGACUAUUGGAAAAGCAUAAUGAAAGAUCAGCCAAUCCCAGAAGCAAUCAAAGACCUUUUUCAUGGAGACUCACUAAAUCCAGCUGAUUCAAGGAAAAAGGACCGUUUUGUUAAGGAUUUUGAUGUUACGCCUAAUGCUAUUAUAUAUCAUGCCCGUAUGGAGCCUAAAGAAGAGAAGACUCAUGUCAAGGACUUUGAACCAAAGCACGAUAUGGAGCUGAAAGAAGAAGAUUCCUUCGUUCAACAUAUCAAGCAGAAGCUAGAAGGCUGAUCAUUAGCCAAAGUAUGAAGCAGAUCGAAGGCUCAUGUUUGUACUAUUGCAUGCAGUGUGUGAUCAGUGGUUGAAGCUUGUGUUUUGGAGGAGAAUGACUGGUGUACAAAUCUUAAUAUUGAAAAUAAUAUCUAGUUUGGCUUUUGAAAAUCUGUAUGAAUCCUGAAUAUAGGCAUGUUCCCAGUUAAA